GCAGCACCGAGGACCGUAGUUUUUGCUGUACAUGAAGAAGUGAUGGAUUGAGUUGUCGUUGUGGCAGCACCAAACACAUUGACAGAUGGUGUGGAAACCAGACAGACAAUGGCAUUCAACAGCAGAAAAGCAACACCGAACUCAAACUUGAACCGCGAUUCAACUCAACUCCGAGUUAUUACAGCCUCAGGUUUCAUAGGAGAGUUACUAUGUUCCUACCCAAUUUCUUCUGCAAAAGUCUGGCCUCUCAGGAUUGAUAUCUUCGAGAGGCACUCUGCAUCUAAGCCUUGGUGUUGUUACUCCUGU